CAAGCACAAACACUGCAGCCCUGACUACAAACACUGCAGCCCCAACCGCUGCAGCCCCGACUACAAUCACAACCGCUGCAGCCCUGACUACAACCACUGCAGCCCCCACUACAACUACAUCCACUGCUGAUGCCAAUACAACCACAACCACUGCUGCCCCGAUUACAACCACAACCACUGCUGCUCCCACUACAAUGACUGCAGACCCCACUACCACCACUGCAUCCCCCACUACAACCACUGCAGCCCCAACUACAACCACAACCAUUGCAGCUCCCACUACAACCACUGCAGCAACCACUACAACCACAACCACUGCAGCCCCGACUACAACCACUGCAGAACCCACUACAACCACAACCACUGCUGCCCCGAUUACAACCACAACCACUGCUGCUCCCACUACAAUGACUGCAGCCCCCACUACCACCACUGCAUCCCCCAAUACAACCACUACAGCCACAACCACAACCACAACCAUUUCAGCUCCCACUACAACCACUGCUGCCCAGACUACAAUCACUGCAGCCCCAACUACAACCACAACCAUUGCAGCUCCCACUACAACCACUGCCGCCCCCACUACAACCACAACCAUUGCAGCUCCCACUACAACCACUGCCAACCCCACUACAACCACUGCAGCACUAACCACAACCACUGCAGCCCCCUUUACAACCACUGCAGCGACACCUACAACCACAACCAUUGCAGCUCCCACUACAACCACUGCAGCCCCGACUACAGCCACUGCAGCCCCAACCACAACUGCAACCCUCAUUACAACUACUGCAGCCCUGACUACAACCAUAACCACUGCAGCCCCCACUACAACCACUGAAGCACCAACUACAACAAUAACCACUGCCACCCCUACUACAUACACAGCAGCCCCACCUACAACCACAACCACUGCAGCAUUGACUACAACAACAAAUACAGCACCCACUACAACGACAACCACUACAACUACAACUACAACCACUGCAGCCCCAACUACAACCACAACCACAACCACUGCAACCCCAACUACAACCGCAACCACAGCCACGCCCACUACAACAAAUGCAGCCCCAACUACACCCACCACCACUGCAGCCCCUACUACAACCACUGGAGCCCCAACUACAACCACAACCACAACCAAUGCAGCCCCAACUACAACCACUGCAGCCCCAAUUACAACCACAACCACUGCAGCCCCCACUACAACUGCAACCACUGCAGCCCCAACUACAACCACACCCACAGCAGCUACAACUACAGCAACAACCACAACCACUGCAGCAUCCACUGCAAUAACUGUAGCUCCCACUACAACCACUGCAGCACCAACUACAGCCACAACCAUUUCAGCUCCCACUACAACCACUGCAGCCCCAACUACAACCACAACCAUUGCAGCUCCCACUACAACCACUGCAGCAACCACUACAACCACAACCACUGCAGCCCCGACUACAACCACUGCAGAACCCACUACAACCACAACCACUGCUGCCCCGAUUACAACCACAACCACUGCUGCUCCCACUACAAUGACUGCAGCCCCCACUACCACCACUGCAUCCCCCAAUACAACCACUACAGCCACAACCACAACCACAACCAUUUCAGCUCCCACUACAACCACUGCUGCCCAGACUACAAUCACUGCAGCCCCAACUACAACCACAACCAUUGCAGCUCCCACUACAACCACUGCCGCCCCCACUACAACCACAACCAUUGCAGCUCCCACCACAACCACUGCCAACCCCACUACAACCACUGCAAAUGACUGCAGCCCUGACUACAACCACUGCAUCUCCCACUACAACCACUGCAGCCCCAACUACAACCACAAUCAUUGCAGCUCCCACUACAACCAUUGCCGCCCCCACUACAACCACAGCGAACACUACUACAUCCACUGCAGCCCCCACUACAGCUGCAACCACUGCAGCCCCAACUAUAACCACACCCACAGCAGCUCCCACUACAGCCACAACCACAACCACUGCAGCACCCACUGCAACAACUGUAGCUCCCACUACAACCACUACAUCCCCCACUACAACCACUGUAGCCCCAACUACAACCACAACCACUGCAGCUCCCACUAUAGCCACUGCAGCCCCUAUUAUACCCAGUGCAGCCCCAACUACAACCACAACCAAUGCAGUACCAACUACAACCACUGCAGCCUCCACUACAACCACAACCACUGCAGCCCCCACUACAACCACAGCCGCCCCCACUACAACCACAGCAGCCCCUACUACAACCACUGCAGCCCCAACUACAACCCAAACCACUGCAGCCCCAAUUACAAAUACAGUCAUCCCUACUACAACCACUGCAGCCCCAACUACAACCAAAUCCACUGCAGCCCCAACUACAAACACUGCAGCCCUCACUACAGCUGCAACCACUGCAGCCCCAACUAUAACCACACCCACAGCAGCUCCCACUACAGCCACAACCACAACCACUGCAGCAUCCACUGCAACAACUGUAGCUCCCACUACAACCUCUGCAUCCCGCACUACAACCACUGCAGCCCCAACUACAACCACAACCACGGCAGCCCCAACUAUAAACACUGCAGCCCCCACUACAACCACUACAGCCCCAACUACAACCACAACCACUGCAGCUCUCACUAUAGCCACUGCAGCCCCUAUUACAAUCACUGCAGCCCUAACUACCACCACAACCACAUCCAUCCCCACUACAACCACAAACACUGCAUUCCCUGCUACAACAACUACAGCCCCCACUACAACCAAAACCAUUGUAACCCCUACUACAACCACAACCACAGCUGCCCCCACUACAGCCACUGCAGCCCCAAUUACAACCAAAACCACUGCAGCCCCUACUACAACCACUGCAGUCUCUAUUACAACCACUGCAGUACCAACUACAACCACUGCAGCUCCAACUACAUCCACAACCACAGCUGUCCCCACUACAACCACUACAGCCCCAACUACAACCAAAACCACUGCAGCCCCUACUACAACCACUGCAGCCACAACUACGACCACAGCCACAGCUGCCCCCACUACAACCUCAACCAGUGCAGCCCCUACUACAACCACUCAAACUACUUCUGAUCCCAAUGGUCCUAGAUUCAUGCCACUUUCAUUCAGAAUGAUAAUGGACUUCAAAGAAACCCUGAGAGAUGAGAAGUCACAGGAUUUCAAAGACUUAAGUGAUAAAGUUACCAGAGAUGUUGGUAGAGUUUACAGAGCGCAGUAUCCUGCUAAUUUCGUCAGAGUAGUAGUUAGAAGAUUCAG